GUGAGCCAAGAUUGUGCCACUGCACUCCAGCCUGGGUGACACAGUGAGACCCUGUUUCAAAAAAAGAAGUUAUUGUUAACUAAUAUCUACUAUCUUAGAUACUGUCAACUAAUAUCAAGUUAUUGUUAACUCCAUUUAUUUUGGCAGAAGUAUUUUCAAGUAAAUUAGACAAGUCAUGACAUUUCACGCCCAGUACUUUUAACAUGCAUCUCUAAAAACCAAUUUCUUACAAAGCCACAUAAUUUUUAUUAUGUCUAAUAAGGAGAGGAAGGUAAGCAGGGAAGUGUGAAGGAGAGGAAAUCGUGGCGAUGGGUCAGGCACACACUUUGAAUGAAGUGCAGGCUCCACACGGAGGCCCUUCCGAGGCCCAGCCGGACCUGAUUGGAGCCCUGUUUGCUUCUCUGCCUCCACCUCCUGGCACUACCCGCAGCUACACUCCAACCAUACGGGACUUGGAGUUCUUUCAGUGGCCAGACUUUCUCCCCUCAGGGCCUUGGCACUGGCUGUUCCUUCCGCCUAUCUGUCGGGUUUCCUACUUUUUGGGGGCUGGCACCUCCUGAUUUCAGAGACUCCCCACAGAACCGUCUGAAGUGGGUCUACCUCCCUGCCUUUUUUUGUUGCUUGGCUGCCCUUCCGACCCGGCAAGCAGUGACGAUGUUUGUUUAUGACCUGGGUCUAACUGUGACUUGGUGCUUAGGGUCCCCAACGGGUCCCUAGGGCCUGCGCGCACCGCGCACCUGUGCACCACCUGCGCGCAGCUGCAGGCGGCUCCGCUCUGGCUCGCUGCUGUUUCCUGCUGGGGGUGCCGACCCUGUCCCAGGCUAGCUGGGUGACUUCCGCCAACCACAGACAGGGGCGACCGGGGCCUCAGACCUGCUCCUGCAUCCGCCGGCGCCGGGCAGUGGGAAGCCAGGUUUCUCCGCCACCUCCCAGCCAGGACUCUGCCACCCUCCCUCAGGAUGCCCGAGGGCCCGGAGCUACACCUGGCCAGCCAGUUUGUGAACGACGCCUGCAGGACGCUGGUGUUUGGGGGCUGCGUGGAGAAGUCCUCCGUCAGCCGCAACCCCGAGGUGCCCUUUGAGAGCAGCGCCUACCGCAUCUCGGCCUCCGCCCGCGGCAAGGAGCUGCGCUUGACUCUCAGCCCCCUGCCUGGGGCCCAGCCCCCCCAAGAGCCGCUGGCCCUGGUCUUCCGCUUCGGCAUGUCUGGCUCCUUCCAGCUGGUUCCCCGCGAGGAGCUGCCACGCCACGCCCACCUGCGCUUUUACACGGCCCCGCCCGGCCGCCAGCUCGCCCUGUGUUUCGUGGACAUCCGCCGGUUCGGCCACUGGGAUCUUGGGGGCAAGUGGCAGCCAGGCCGCGGGCCCUGCGUCUUGCAGGAGUACGAGCAGUUCAGACUGUGUCCCUCCAGGGAGAAUGUGCUACGAAACCUAUCGGACAAGGCCUUCGACCGGCCCAUCUGCGAGGCCCUCCUGGACCAGAGGUUCUUCAAUGGCAUUGGCAACUAUCUGCGGGCGGAGAUCCUGUACCGGCUGAAGAUCCCACCCUUUGAGAAGGCCCGCUCGGUCCUGGAGGCCCUACAGCAGCGAAGGCCGAGCCCGGAGCUGACACUGAGCCAGAAGAUCAAGGCCAAGCUGCAGAACCCCGACCUGCUGGAGCUGUGCCACUCAGUGCCCAAGGAAGUGGUCCAGCUGGGGGGCAAAGGCUACGGGUCAGAGAGCGGGGAGGAGGACUUUGCCGCCUUUCGCGCCUGGCUGCGGUGCUAUGGCAUGCCGGGCAUGAGCUCCCUCCAGGACCGGCAUGGCCGCACCAUCUGGUUCCAGGGGGAUCCUGGACCCUUGGCACCCAAAGGGCGCAAAUCCCGCAAAAAGAAAUCCAAGGCCACACAGCCGAGUCCUGAGGACAGGGUGGAGGACCCUCCACCUCCAAGCAAGGCCCCUUCCAGGGCACGAAGGGCAAAGAGAGACCUUCCUGAGAGAACUGCAACCCAGCGGCCUGAGGCGACAAGCUUCCAGCAGGACCCAGAAGCUCCCAAAAUCCCCAAGAAGGGGAGGAGGAAGGGACGACAGGCAGCCUCUGGCCAGCACAGACCCCGGAAGGCCAAGGCUGACACCCCAUCCUUGGAACCGGAGGGGACCUCAGCCUCUUAGCAGGAGGGUCUCCCUGUUUGCACCGCCCUUUCUUGUUGCCUUGCCCUGAACCUGGGGGUCUGUCUGAAUUCUCGGGAGUGGGCAGUAUCUGAAUUCUCAGAAGGUGCAAAUGCCCCGACGGCUGCACCCAGCACUACUGUGAUGUUUUUAACGCACCCCACCUUCCACAUCCUUCAGGCUCAUGUGAAAAAAUGCUGUAUUUUUAAUAAACUGGUAAAUGUGAA